ACCGAUUCUUAUGUAAAUAUUAGAAAACGUGUCAUUUGUUUGAAUAAGAAUUUCCGCUCAACAAUUUAAUGAGCUAAUUUAUCUUAUUUCAUCCUAUUAAGUGUAAAAAAAAAGUUAUAAUUAAUGGGAGCAACUGAAAGCAAACUCACCUUUCGUAAAGGUGUAUUUAGGUUAUUUGAAGAAAGGAAUAUUCGAGCCUCUGACGAGUACUGGUCGCAAUUUUGGCUUCUUCCUGAAUCAGCAGAAGAUGUUUUCUCUCUUGUAGGUGCACAGGAUAUUCGACGCGUGAGAGAUCAUGCUAGAGAGAAUUUAGAAACAUUGAUACAUAAGGUCAUUGACCGUCUAUUCCGAACUAUAGAGGCACCAGACUUUCCUUCACAAAAUUCCACUUUACAACUUUUAAAUUGUAUAAGAAUACUUACUCGGUUAAUACCAUUUAUAUUUGAAUCUGAGGAAAUGGCUGAUUGGGAGGAAAAAUUUUUUUGGACACCUCAAACUAGAAAACUCAAGAAAAAUCGUAAGACUGAAACAGGGGGAGAAUCUCAGAACUCUUUAGAGCAAAAUGAAGCAGCUAAUGAGAAUCUGGCAAAGGAAUCAGGCCAGGAAUCGCAAACUCAAGAUACGGAUAUUGAACGAAUUGAAACAAUCCCUCCUUUGGGUGAACGCCUACUAUCGACGAUCAUUGAUUUACUUUUUUUGGCAGGAUUCACAUUACCAGCAAAUUUAGCAAACGAUAGUAGUAGCCGUAUUAUAUACGUCAAUUGGGAGACUGGUGUAGGCUCUACUUUACCCAUUGGUUCAUCAAAGGAAAACGAUUCCAACAAAACUGAAACUUUAAGAUUGCUGCUUGCAUUUAUUUCAAAAUCAAUGUAUAUGUCAGGAGCGACAUAUAUGGGGAAAGAAAAUAAGUGGAUUAAACAUUUGGUUCUUAAAACUGAACGCAAAGUGGUUCUUGCAUUGCUCUGUAGUUUACUUAAUACAGCUGUAAAAUAUAAUCCGGCGGGAUGGGGUGUGCCAUAUAAUCAUGUUGUUUUUGCGGAUUCAAGAGAAGUACUUGUGACAUUGUGUCUACAAGUGUUGUUGGUUUUGUUGGAUUACCGUUCUCCCUCAAACCGUGUCACGACAAAUGAUUUUACCAGACAGCAACGAGUGAGUUCUGUAGAUACCACCAGGAGUGAAAAAGAAUCUAUUCCUUUAAGUCCUACAACGCCAACAUCUAUUAAUAAUUUGGCAUCCAAUGAAGUUACCAGAGUAGAUAACACUCCACAGGAUAGUGCACCUGCUGUAGAUGCUGCUACUACAAUUACUUCAUCAGCACCAAGUACACAAAAAGGACAUUUGCCUUCUCAUGUUGACAAUGCAUUUCGUUAUUAUACUUCGAAAUUGCAUCGACCUCAGGAUUUUCAAUUUCUUAUGGAUGGCAUAUACCGCAUUUUGAGUAAUCCAAUGCAGGCAAGUAAUACAUAUUUACCAGGAUCAACAAAGCAAAUUCAAUGUCAUCAAGAAAUGAUGAUGCUUUGUUGGAAAUUCUUGGAAACUAACAAGAGAUUUCGUAAUUACUUGUUGGAUACCGAUAAAGUAUUAGAUUUGCUUAUCAUUUUAUUAUAUUAUUCAAUUGAAAAUAAACAAGAUUCAGCACAACUAGGAUUAGUGCGUAUGUGUGCAUUUAUUUUGCAGACAUUGUCAGGUGACCGCGAUUUUGGUGUGAAAUUAAAUAAAGUGUUUGAAAAUCAUGGUUCUCUUCCUGGUAAUGUUCGAAUUCACGCGUUUCAUGGAACCUACGCGGAUUAUAUGAUUAGUUCCAUAUAUGCUCUUAUAGCAACUACACGUGGAAUGUUGCAUUCAUUAUAUCCUGCAUAUAUAUUAACUAUUACCAAUGUAUCACCUUAUUUAAAGAAUUUGUCUGUAGUUUCAUCUACAAAAUUAGUCCAUCUUUUUUCACAAUUUACUUCACCUGGAUUUUUGUUAUCUGAAGAAGGGAAUCAUCGAUUGGUUGAACAUAUGUUGGAAGCGUUCAAUAACAUUGUUCAAUACCAAUUUGCUGAUAAUCCACAUCUUAUUUAUGCUAUUUUAAGGAGUCCUAAAUGCUUUGAAAAUUUAUCAGAAUUCACACUUGCAAGAGGAUUGGAUGAAAUAAAAAAGAAAGAGAAGCGUAAAAAACAAGUUCGAAUUGUAACUACGGAAAAAACAUCAGAACAACCAGAAAUUAAGAGUUCACAAGAAGAAUCACGACCAUUGAUGUCAGAUAGUGAAAGUAAUUUAAGUACUCAAAAAGAUGAAGAUCGCGAUAAACCCGAAUUGGCUCAAGUAUCUUUAAAUGCUAAUGUUAAUGUUAGUCAGAAUAGUCAAACAGAACUAACUGAUCAAGAUUCAGAACCAUUGUCUGAAAAAGCCCGCGGCAAAUUACCUGAAGGCGUUACAGUAGCAAGUCGUCGACGAAGUAAUGAAAGUAAUAAUGUUAUAACUCCGUUUGCUGUUGGAAAAUCUGGAUUUGUCCCAACCGAAGAUUGGGUAUCUUCGUGGCAUUCACAUCUUCCUCUCGGAACAAUUCUAAUAUUGCUUGGAGAACUUAUUCCUAAAAUUGAAGAUAUAUGUAUAUCGCAAUCAAUCAAUUCAGAUCAACCUGUUUUGGAAUUCCUUCGAAAAGCAACAAUGGUUGGAAUUCUUCCACCUCCACAGUCUAUCCUUAUCCGUAAAUUCCAAUGGUCUGAAGCUAGUGUAGUUUGGUUUUCAAGUCUACUAUGGGGGCAAAUUUAUUUAGCUUCUUCAAAUUAUCUUGGUGUAUUUAAUGGUACACACGUCAAAUUAUUUCUUGUCAAGCCUUCAACAAAAGAAGGACGCUUGAAAAAUGCUCUUGGUAAUGCGGUUGGUGGAGUUCAAGGUGUUAUUGAUCGCCUUUCCACUACCAAUACAACAAAUACAACAAAUACGAAUACGAAUACGAAUACGAAUACGAAUACGAAUACGAAUAUGAAUAUGAAUACGAGUACGGAUACGAGUACGGAUACGAAUACGAGUACGAAUACGAAUACGAAUACUACUGCCACCACACCUAGUUCUUAAUUAUUACUGUUACGUUAAUAAACAUAAAUUUAGUAAUUACAAUUAUUUAAUUUAAAAGAUUCUCUUGACUGUUAAAUAUUUAAUACUUGGCUUUAUUAUAAAUUAUAUAUUUUUGUUUAGUUUAAAUUACUUAUGGAAGAAUUCAUAUUACGUAAUAUAUACAGUUCCAAGUAUUAUAUCUCGGGUAUUUUACUUAAUUUUUUACACAUUAUAUAGCUUAUAUAGCUAUUUAUAAUUAUACUCCUUU